AUGACCAGCCAAUCUCAGGGAAUCCAGCAACUUCUGCAAGCAGAAAAACGUGCCAAGGACAAGCUUGAAGAAGCCAAAAAAAGAAAAGGAAAGAGACUGAAGCAAGCCAAGGAAGAAGCCACCGCUGAGAUUGACCACUACAGGCUCCAGAGGGAAAAGGAUUUCAGACACAAGCAGAACAAUAUAAUGGGCUCUCAAGGUAACCUAUCGACAAAAGUAGAUGGGGAAACUACAGACAAGAUCCGGGACCUCACGAGUAACUACCAUAGGAACCUGGAGACUGUGUUGGGGCAUCUCUUGGGCAAAGUGUAUGAAUUCAAUCCUGAACUCCAUCCAAAUUAUGCAUACACAAUUUAAAUGGUUUUUAUUACUUUAAAGAAAAUAAUAAAGAAAGUAAUGUCAUCUCUAUAGCUAGGCCAAGUGAAAGAGCUUGAUUCGAAUGCAGUUCAGAGAUACCAUUAACUUGGGAUACUAUUGUAGAGUUGCACAUUGUCAAUUAUUAUAUUUUAAUACCAGCAAGGAUAGAGCUGGAGCCAUUUGGAUUUUCUUUUUCUGACACUAACACCCUCACGAGCUGUUUCUGAGCAGAAGGCAUUUUCUCCCUGAAUUUUCUGUAUUCUAUUGCCUAUAUAAUUAUAAUCACUCAGAACCAAAGCAUGAUAGUAUGCAUAAAAUUUAUGAUGUGACCAAUUCCUCUAAGGUGUCACACAACUAUUUGUCAACAUGGGCUUCCACCAUCACCAUUUAAAAAAAAAAAAUAGAAAAGAAUUUGUCACUUAAAUAUGGAAAACAGAAGAAGUAAUUGUUUGACACCAGCAGCUUUUAAGUGGGUGUAGUUGGGUUUUUUUUUUUACUUUUUUGCUUAUGUUCGCUACU